GGGCCGUAGCUACAGAAAGCAGCUCGAUCAGACUGUGACUGUGUGGGAAGUGUGUCUGAAGGGACCAGUGACUACGCGUGUCGGAAGGCGCGCUUUGAGAAGUCUGUGCGAGUCUCUCCCGAGUCUGUACGGCGGUACCGGUCGGUCAGACUCUGUUUCGGUGUGACUGGCGGCUGAGUGUCGGGAUGGAGGCGCCGGUACGUCGGAGCCGGUGGACGGCGGUGUGCUCACCUCUGCUACUGGUCAUGAUGAUGCUGUGUCGGACAGCUACCGCAGAUAUUUGGGAGAAGGACGUGGGAAAGGACAUCGAGAUCGGCCCGUCGGCCAAGGGCUGGAGUUCGGUGACGUUGACCUGCCGCAGUGACGUGCUCAAGGUCCGGCUGGUGUUUCCCGAGUCGUUCAAAGGCGUGGUGUACACGCGCGGGAACUACGGGGAGGAGUCGCCCUGUAUGAGCGACCCCGAGGGCGAGACUGAGGUCGAGAUGACGCUGCCCAACACCGUCUGUAAUGUCAUACAGGACGAAAUGUCUCGCAACACCACCCUGGUGGUACAGCACGACGACUUUCUGAUCUUCGAGGGCGACACGGCCUUCCAGCUCGGCUGUCGCGUCCACGAGGACAGGUAUUUGGCCAGUAUCGACCUGGCCUCUCCGGACCCGGGCGCGGUGCCGCUGCCCGAGUCCCGGCGCAGUACCGUCUCCUCCGACUCCGGCACGGUCACCUUUCGACCGGACCAGGUGCGACCAGAGUCUCUGGUCGGCACCAAAGCGCCCUCACAGCUGAAGAUUGAGCCGGGGGAGGUGCGGCCCGACCCGACCGCUAGCGAGCCGCCGCGCACCGCGCGCGCCACCGUACAGAAGGUGGAACUCUGAGCUGAGCUCUGACAUAGCGACUGGAGCAGCUGACACCGGGGCCGCGACUGGAACUGUGACCCAGCGACUGGAGCAGCUGACACCGGGGCCACGACUGGAGUUCUGUGACUGUGAGUGGAGAUGUGGGACCGUGACCGAAGCAGCUGUGACUCCACAGUUGGAGCCCUGAUACCGCGACUGGAGCUCUGAGACUGCAAAUGAAGCUGUGGGACUGAGACUGGAGCUCUGGGAUUGGAACCCCACAGCUGUAGCUUUGAAAGCAUGAGGGCAGAGUGACAUCGCGAUCGGCACUCGACUCGUGGCUGGUGCGUACGAACGGCGAACGGUGCACCGGCUAGGUGG